UGCCUCUUCCCCUCCCCUUUUUCCCAUUUAAUUCAAGCUCACUUCCCCUUUGAAACCUGAUCCCCACAAGUUUGGCUUUGUAACCCCCCUGCUUGGGAGGAUGCAGCUGAGCUCUCAUGUUUGCUGUCUGUGGUUUUCUGUGUGGGAGGUGCUCCUUCGCGGAUUUAAAAGUGUCUGAAUAUUUUCUCUAGCCACACCCUGCCUCAGCUCCGACAACACACUGCACUCUCUAACCUUGCUGACGGGCUUUUUAAACAAGUUGCUGCCUUCAAAGAUUAUGGCAUGACUGCACUGAAAGCUAGGCACGGCAGCUACAGGUUGAAAUCACCAUUUGACAUGGGGCCUGUGCAGCACGAUGGCAGCCCCUCACCCACCCUGGAUAUACUGGAGACCUCGAUGGAAGAGGAGAGCUUUGAAUCCCGUUCACGCCACAGGGACCUGAAGUUAAACGAUUCCCUGAACUCUGAUGAUUCGAAGAGAUUUCACCGUGGCUCAACGAUAAGGAAAAGCAAUUCUCAAUAUCACAAACUCUUCAAAGAAGUUCCUGAGCAAGAGAUGUUAAGGAAAGUUUACUCGUGUGCUCUGCAGAGAGACAUCUUCAUCCAGGGGCGUCUGUACAUCUCCAGCAACUGGCUGUGUUUCUAUGCAUACUUCUUUGGCAAGGACAUUAAGGUCUCCAUUUCUGUCACUUCAGUCGUGCUCGUCAAGAAGCGCCGGACAGCAGGGCUGCUCCCGAAUGGUCUUGUCAUCAGGACAAAGCCCAACGAGAAGUACAUCUUUGUGUCCUUCAUCUCCAGAGACAAUGUCUAUGAUGAAUUGAGAAAAAUCUGCUCACACUUACAGCAUGACAGUAAGAAGAGUUUGAUUGUGAAUCAGUCCCCAGAUACGUGUGAUUCUCUACCCUUGGAAGACUAUAGGUUUCAUUUGGAUUUGAAGAGGAAACUGACCAAUGGCUCCUCAUCUUCGCUGCCAGAAACCGAGUAUCAGCCCAUGCUGAGGAACUCCACCAGCAGCUUAAGUUCCCCAGAGGCUGAGAGCUCCAGUUACCACAGUCAGUCCUUCCAAGAAAGAGUGGUGAGGAAAGAAAAACUAUUUGAAUUGGAUGCUGCUGAGGGGAUUGGGAAAAUGGAAUAUGGGAUUCUCCGAAUAUUAGUCGUUAUAGUUAUUAUUCUAUUGGCAUCGUCGAUUUACAUGACCUUCCGAGUUUACUCCCUGGAACAGCAGCUGGGACUCUUGGACACAGCUUCCCAAGCCCUGGCCCAGAAGAGGUAAAGCACAUUUAUGGAGUUAUGUUGAAGCUGUCAGCUUGACGUUAUUGUGGACUGACCAGGCGUGAACCAGAGCGACACUGACACUCUGAUAUCUUGCUCAGGUUCUGUAUAUGGGAAGGGUUUCCGUCUCCUGUGUUUCUGUUAGCAUUGAGACCAGGACUGGCCACAUUCCCAUUGCCCUGUGACACAAGCUCAUGGAGAAUGUGAAACCUUCCAUAUCAUGUAGCAGUUACAGAAUCAGCUUGAUUUUAUUUGAUUGGAUAUCCUUUCAAGGGGAUUUCAGCUGGGAUUUUGCUACGUUGGAAAGAUCGAGAUCUCUGAGCUUGCCUCUAUCAUCCUAUUGUCCAAACCCAGAGCAUGAGCUGGGGCAGAGGAUCUGUCAGAGACACAGACAUGGACCUAAGAGGUUUACUUGAUUUGAAAUUGAUUGGAAAUUGGAAAGCAAUAUCAGGAAGGCUAAACUCAGUUGCUGACAUGAAGAUGCCUCUAGCCCCACUAAUUGAAAACCUUAUUUGAGUGGCAAGAAUUCUGACCUUACCUGAGGUGGUGAAAAAGGAGAACUCUUCAGAGAAAUGCCAUCACAGACACCAGCAAUUCUUCAUCGGGCAUGGUCUGCACUUUAAAAGUGCAUUUCAGUCACUGAUGCAAUUGUUCGCAGAAUCUACUCUCGGUCACAGCCUGGAAACUGCCGCAACUCAUUUAUAAUCGUUGCUCACCAGAUAUUGAUCGAAUAAUAUUGUACACUCCAUUUUAUUGCGAAGAUAUCUUUGUGACAAGUCUUGACUAGAAAACAAUGUGCCUUUGGAUUGGAUAAUGAGCUACACGUGAGAAAGAUGCAAAAUGUAUUCACAGAAUGAGUAUUGGCUGAUGUAGCGUGGGACAUGGCCUCGGGAAUGGCAGAACCAUACAGAUUGGGGCAGAAGGGCAUUUGCCAGGGAGCAUCAGAGAGCUGAGUUGGUACAGCAGCAGGCACUGGCUAGGAAUGGCAGGGGAUGUUGGGAGAUAGGAAGUCUGCACACGAUAACCUUUCACCAGGAAUAAUGGGCAAAGCUUAGUGAUUGGAUGGUGAGGAGGGCGAAAAUAUGAUAGGUGAAUGAUACGAGGGGUCAUGUGGACUUAGUCUGUGUGAUGGUCAUGGUGCAAUGUGGUAAGAGGUUGAUGUUACAUAUGUUUCUGCUGAUCACAUUUUAAGAGCCACAGUGUAAAUGGGGAGAUGGUUAUAAACUGGAUACUGUCAAUCUUGAAAUAGGAAAAUGGCCAAAUCUGAUCACCAUAAAUGUUUCAUGUUUUUUAUUGUCAUUUCUCAACAUGACAGUUCUGGGUGAUUAUUGCAAUAAAGAUGAUGUGUUUGUUCA